UAAGGAUCGUUGGAGUGUUAAAUUACCAACUAUAUAACAUUAAAACUGAGACUCUAGCAAAUUUUUAAACCAUUCAAGUUCUUAAUAGAAAAAACUCAGUGAAAAAUAAAUUUUUAAAGGAUAUCUACAAAUUGCAUAAAAAUGGCUCAUGAAAAUAAUAUUAUCUAGAAUAGUGAAAAUAGCACAGUGUAUGUGCAUUAGAAACAACUAUGGAUCGUCGAAACGGAUGCCAAAAAAUUCGAAUAACAAUUCUUGGUGCUAGAAAUCUCGCUCGUAGAGAUUUAUUCAGACUUCCGGAUCCAUUCGCAAAAAUUGUUGUUGAUGGUGGCCAAACAUUCUCAACCGAUAUCUGUAAAGCAACAGUCGAUCCAAAAUGGAAUUCCUAUUACGAUAUUUUUUUAUCACGUGGCGAUGGCGUCACAAUUUCGGUAUGGAAUCAAAGAAAAAUGCACAAAAACUUAGGAAGUGGAUUUUUGGGAUGCGUUCGGAUAACAACAUCAACAAUACAGAGACUGAAGGAUACUGGAUAUCAAAGACUAGACCUGUGUAAAUCAUCGCCUGAUGAUCAAACUUUAGUUAAAGGUCAAAUUAUCAUAUCUUUGUUAUCUCGUGAGACUGUUCCGGGUAGUGGUAAUCCAGGAUUAGCAAUUGUUGGUCCAACUGGUGAUGUUCGAGGGCCUGAUGAUGAUGAGCCAAUAGUAGUCGAAAGACAAAGUCCAUUGCCAGAAGGCUGGGAAGACAGACGAACAGCUGAUGGCCGAGUUUACUACGUAAAUCAUGUGACAAGAACAACGCAAUGGUUGCGACCAACACAACCAGCAAAUUUAUCAAAAACAUUGGCAACAAAUGCUACAAACAUUAAUGAGAAUAUUCAAACACCGCCAGGCCCGUCACGUUCGUCAACAAUGAACAACAUAGAACAAAGUCCUUCAAAUGGAUGCCUUAACAAUGAGAAUAUUCCCACUAACAAUCGUCGUCAUUCAAGUGACGAUUUUAUUAAUAAUAUUAAUAACGAGAUCAGUAAUUCUGACAGUACAAAUAGCAUUGAGAACAAGACGUCAACCACUUCAUCGCCAACAGCGGGAGUUUUAGGAUCACCGAGAAAUUCUGUUUUGGUGCAAAAUGUCAAUGCUAUCACUUCAAAUUUAGGAUCUUUAUCAAUAGAAGCGAAUGAAGAUACGUUGACGAUAAUCACCACAACGGCUUCUCAAAUUGCACCACAACCAACUGUUGCAACACCCACAAAAUCAUCAGCAACGAGUAGAAUUACAAAUAAACAGACGACCAAUCUAUCCCCAGCCCAGCAGCAACAAGUGCCUCCAAAUAUCACUGCCCCCAUAAAUGGGUCACCACAUGAUGCUAGAAGCCAUUCACCGCCUGCAACAAAUACGCAACGCAAUGAUGAGAAUAUUUCACAACCUGGAACACCACAACGACCUGCUGAAGUCAUUCAAAAUCGAAAUGCGGCUGAUGCUCAAAGAUCCCGAAGAUCAACACGAAAUCAAGAUGAAUCACAAAGACGUUCACGACAAAGACAAGCACGUCAAAUUCCAGUGUUACUUGGAGCUGGCAUAAGAGCAAAUGGAGCUCGACCUGCGAUUGAUUUGCCUCCUGGUUAUGAAAUGAGAACAACACAACAAGGGCAGGUCUACUUCUUCCACAUUCCAACAGGUGUUUCAACAUGGCACGAUCCUCGAAUACCUCGUGAUUUUGACAUGCAAAAUAUUACCCCAGAACAACUUGGCCCAUUACCAAGUGGUUGGGAACAGAAAAAGACAGCAUCAGGACGUGAUUACUUCGUUAAUCACAAUAAUCGUACGACACAAUUCACAGAUCCUCGAUUGAAUGGACAAGUUUUAAAUGCAUUACGACGAUCAGCAGCAGUGGCACAGAAUAAUGUCAACACAUCAACUUCUAAUGCACAACCACAAGUUGCAGUUAAUGGACCAACUGCAAUCAUUCGACCAAACAAUGUUAUUGAACAUCGAUCAAAUAUUAUUACAAACCCCGCUAUUUCAAACACAGUUUCAUCAUCACCACAAAUAAAUGGAAGAAUUAUUCCUGAUUUACCUGUUGGAUUGCUUGAAAGCGAUUUGCCGAAAUAUCGUCGUGAUUUGGUUGGAAAAUUACGUGCACUAAGAGCGGAACUGACGACACUUCAACCACAAUCGGGUCAUUGUCGAUUUGAAGUUUCAAGACAAGAAAUCUUUGAAGAAAGUUAUCGUCUCGUAAUGAAAAUGCGGCCAAAGGAUAUGAGAAAGCGACUGAUGGUGAAAUUUCGAAGCGAGGAAGGUUUGGAUUAUGGUGGAAUUGCACGCGAAUGGCUUCAUUUGUUAUCGCGUGAAAUGCUCAAUCCUCAAUAUGGCCUGUUUCAAUACUCACGUGAUGAUCAAUAUACGUUACAAAUAAACCAAGAUUCAAGUAUCAAUCCCGAUCAUUUAUCAUAUUUUCAUUUUGUUGGAAGAAUUCUUGGAAUUGCAGUUUUUCAUGGGCAUUGUCUAGAUGCUGGUUUUACACUUCCAUUUUAUAAACAACUUCUAAACAAACCGAUUACGUUAUCAGACAUCGAAGGUGUUGAUCCUGAGCUUCAUAGAAGUUUAACAUGGAUGUUAGAAAAUAAUAUAACAAAUGUUAUUGAAUCAACAUUUAGUGUUGAAAAUAAUAGCUUUGGUAUUCUCAAAGUUCAUGAACUGAAAGCGAACGGUCAACAAAUUGCUGUGACUGAAGAUAACAAGAAAGAGUAUGUGAAGCUUUAUGUUAAUUAUCGAUUUAUGCGUGGUAUUGAGCAACAAUUCCUAGCACUACAAAAAGGUUUUUGUGAACUUAUACCCAAUCAAUUACUUCGUCCAUUUGAUGAACGUGAGUUGGAGCUAGUAAUUUGUGGCAUAAGCAAUAUAGAUGUGAAUGACUGGAAGCAAUACACACGACUGAAACAUUGUACACCUGAAACAUCCCAAGUCGUUUGGUUUUGGCAGGUUGUUGAAUCAUAUUCAUCGGAGAUGCGUGCACGACUUCUUCAAUUCGUGACUGGAUCUUCGCGAGUUCCGUUACAGGGAUUUAAAGCGCUUCAAGGCAAUACUGGAGCUGCAACGCCACGACUCUUCACAAUCCACUUGACCAAUGAUGUUCCCAUACAAAAUUUGCCAAAGGCUCACACGUGCUUUAAUAGAAUUGACUUACCAGCUUAUGACAGUUAUCAGUUACUAUACGAUAAAUUGAGUCAGGCUGUAGAAGAAACAUGCGGUUUUGCUGUGGAAAAUAUGCCUAAACUUCAUGAUACUAAGCAUAACAUCAAUCCAGAUUCAGUCAAUCACACAUCACGAAAUUAUUAUUCUUCGUUUUUCUUAAACCUCAAGACUCUACAUCAAGAUGAACGAUUUUGUGACGUAGAAUUGAUCGCUGGGGGUAAUGAUAAUCAUCCAAUAAAAGCACAUCGAAUUGUAUUAUCGAGUAGUUCAAGUUAUUUUGAGGCGAUGUUUGGAAACGAUGUUUUCAAUGAGAAUAAAGAAAAGAUUGUGAAACUUCAUUCAAUAAAUCAUCAAAUCUUGAAAAUACUCGUUGAUUUCAUCUACACUGGCAAAAUAGAAAUCGACCAGAUAAAUGUUCAAGAAUUGUUAGCUGCCGCAGAUAUGCUACAGUUACUUGAUGUGGUCGCAGCAUGUGCUCAAUAUCUGUGUCGUGAACUUCAUCCCUCGAAUGCACUUGGAAUUUUACGAUUUGCUGAAGCACACAAUUGCAAGGAACUGGCAGAAAGUGCGAAUGGUUUUAUAAACUCGCAUUUUCCUGAAGUCGCUGAACACGACGAAAUCCUGGAAGUAUCACAGCAAAUGCUUUCAAGAUUAAUCUCUUCAGAACUCAUUCGAGUCGAUAGUGAGUAUCAAGUAUUUAAUGCUGCAAUGAGAUGGAUAAAACAUGAAGUAGGCAUUAGAAAGCGUUUCGUCUUUGAAAUUCUUGCCAAUGUUCGACUUUCUCUGAUACCAAUUCGAUUGAUUGAAACAGAAAUAGCGCAAUGUCGUGAUAUGUCGCUAAAAAUUGCAAUUCGAUCGAUACACAAAGAUUUAGUGUCACGUCGUGGCACUUUAGUGCCUGUUGGUUCCAAUCCCAGACUUGGUGCAAAAAAAUCAAUUUACAUUAUUGGUGGAUCGAAAAGGGAAUCUGCAAGUGGUUGGACGAAUGAUUGCAUUUUCGAAUCUGUUAUCAAAUAUGAUAUUUUCCGUGGCGAGUGGGUAGAUGUUGCUUCGAUGGAAGUUGGAAGAAUCCUCCCAGGAGUUACGACACUGAGUUCGAAAAUUUAUGUUGUCGGUGGAGAACGAGGCUCGCAAAUAUUUGCAAACGGAGAAGUUUAUGAUCCAAUCAGCAACACAUGGGAAGCAUUACCAGCAAUGAACACACCUCGAUGUGAAUUUGGUCUUUGUGCACUUGGUGGAACAUUAUGGGCUGUUGGUGGAUGGAUUGGUGAAGAUAUCGGUGACUCAAUUGAAUCUUAUAACCCCAUAAAAGAUUGCUGGGAGACUGUUGAUAAAUUACCUGAACCAAGAUUCUCAAUGGGAGUGGUUUCCUUUGAAGGAUUGAUUUACAUUGUUGGUGGAUGUACACAAGUGUCACGGCACCUUCCUGAUCUCAUCAGUUACAACCCAGUAACACAGGAAUUCACACAUCUUCCUGAAAUGCAGACAGCUCGCUGUCAGAUGGGCGUUGCUAUACUUGGUCGUUAUCUUUAUGUCGUUGGUGGAAAUUCAAGUCAUCAAGAAGUUUUAAAAAGUGUCGAAAGAUACUCAUUUGAUGAGGAAAAGUGGAGUAAUGUAGCUCCAAUGUCAGUUCCGAGGGCAUCGCCAGCUGUUUCUUCUGUCGAUGGUCUCUUAUAUGUUGCUGGUGGUGAUCAGACACGUGAAGUUAACUUCUAUCGAGCUCAAAUCACAAUAAGCUCUUUUGAAUCUUACGACCCUUUAUCUGAUACAUGGAAAGAAUGUCCCUCCCUGCCAACCAGUCGUAGUGAAGCUGGUGCGGUCUUUCUGGAUGGAAUUCGAUCACUCAUAAUGAAAUUAAACGAAGUUAUACCAGAUUUUGAAGCUGAAACCACAAAGGGCAGAAUAAAUUUCUAUGAUUGGCUAGGAGAAUCUUGGUGUGUUUUGUUUUCACACCCUGCAGACUUCACGCCAGUCUGCUCCACUGAACUCGGUAGAAUCGCUGUUCAUAAAAAUGAGUUUUCAAAACGAAACGUUAAAAUUCUCGCACAUUCUGUUGACUCUUUGGACUCUCAUAUUGAAUGGGUUAACGACAUACACAAUUAUUGUCAAGAUAUUCGCAGUGAUUUCCCUUAUCCCAUCAUCGCUGACCCUUCGAGAAUCUUGGCAGUUAAAUUUGGAAUGAUGAAUGAAAAUGACAUUGUUGAUGCAGAGACAGCAAAAACUGUUCGUGCUUUGUUCAUUAUCAGCCCUGACAAGCGUGUUCGUCUCAUUAUGCAUUACCCGGCGUCAUGUGGAAGGAAUGUAGACGAAAUUAUACGUUGCAUCGAUUCACUUCAAUUAACUGAUCGUUUGAAGAUUAUCGCGACACCAGCUAACUGGAUUCCUGGGGAAAAAGUGAUGAUCUUACCUGACACCGAUGAAACCGAAAUCAAGAAGAUAUUUCCGAAUGGUGUUGAUGAUGUUAAAAUGCCUUCAGGAAGAAAUUAUAUCCGAAGUACGACCAAUUAUUGAAAAUUCAUUUUUAUUUCAAUGUUAAAUUACUUGAUCUUGAAACUGAAUAAAUUGCUUAAGGCAUAAAAAACACAAACAUAAAUAUUUAUAC